CAGUCAGCCCACCGCCCCAAGCAGCCAGUCAGCCCACCGCCCCAAGCAGCCAGUCAGCCCACCGCCCCAAUCAGCCAGUCAGCCCACCGCCCCAAGCAGCCAGUCAGCCCACCGCCCCAAGCAGCCAGUCAGCCCACCGCCCCAAGCAGCCAGUCAGCCCACCGCCCCAAGCAGCCAGUCAGCCCACCGCCCCAAGCAGCCAGUCAGCCCACCGCCCCAAUCAGCCAGUCAGCCCACCGCCCCAAGCAGCCAGUCAGCCCACCGCCCCAAGCAGCCAGUCAGCCCACCGCCCCAAUCAGCCAGUCAGCCCACCGCCCCAAGCAGCCAGUCAGUCUACCGCCACAAGCAGCCAGUCAGCCUACCACCCCAAGCAGCCAGCCAACCAACUAGGGAUUAGAGGGUUUUACACAGAGCCUCCCUCCACAAAGUUACAUUCAAUUGUAUAAUGAUGUGAACUGAGGCGAUUUCCAGUCAGACUCAAUUUCUAGACAAAUCUCCUUUAGUUAUUACCAUAGACCUGGCAUAAUUAAUGGAACUGACAUAAUACAGCUGAAUCAUGCUGAAACGUCUCUUUGAUCAAAACUACUGGGGUUUUAAAGAGCCAGUACAGGAGGGUAGAGGAGACUGCAGGAGAUGGGGUGUCUGUGCUGGAGGGUAGAGGAGUCUGCAGGAGAUGGGGUGUCUGUGCUGGAGGGUAGAGGAGUCUGCAGGAGAUGGGGUGUCUGUGCUGGAGGGUAGAGGAGACUGCAGGAGAUGGGGUGUCUGUGCUGGAGGGUAGAGACUGCAGGAGAUGGGGUGUCUGUGCUGGAGGGUAGAGGAGACUGCAGGAGAUGGGGUGUCUGUGCUGGAGGGUAGAGGAGACUGCAGGAGAUGGGGUGUCUGUGCUGGAGGGUAGAGAAGACUGCAGGAGAUGGGGUGUCUGUGCUGGAGGGUAGAGGAGACUGCAGGAGAUGGGGUGUCUGUGCUGGAGGGUAGAGGAGACUGCAGGAGAUGGGGUGUCUGUGCUGGAGGGUAGAGACUGCAGGAGAUGGGGUGUCUGUGCUGGAGGGUAGAGACUGCAGGAGAUGGGGGUGUCUGUGCUGGAGGGUAGAGGAGACUGCAGGAGAUGGGGUGUCUGUGCUGGAGGGUAGAGGAGACUGCAGGAGAUGGGGUGUCUGUGCUGGAGGGUAGAGGAGUCUGCAGGAGAUGGGGUGUCUGUGCUGGAGGGUAGAGGAGACUGCAGGAGAUGGGGUGUCUGUGUCUAGUUGAAUUAAAAAUAUAGACAAAGAGCUUUGUCACCGUUAGUUAUCAGUGUUUUAAUACAGUAGCUGUAUUUCCAAAUCAGAUCGUGUAGGACAUGGACAGAUUUCUCUAACCAACUCUUAACUUGUCUCUUCACAGGUUCAAGACAAAAAAAAAAUUAAACACCCCAUAUCUUCUUCACGCCUCUCUCUGUGGAAUCUACCUUUUGACCAUCUCUGAUCCCUUCUGACCACCAACCCCUAGCCGUUAGACCCCUCACCACCCGCCGCCACCAUGCCUAAAAACAGCAAGGUGACCCUGGGUCUACCUCACAGUGAUCCCGUCACUGAGUCAGUGGCGGACCUCCUGACCCUGGCCGAGCCCCUCGACUAUAAGAGCAGCCGGAUGAGUAUGGGCCUCAGCCCCGGGGCCCAGCCAGCCAUGGGCAAGGGCCUGCUGCCUUCCCCAGGGGACGAGGAGGGGAGGCCAGCCUGGAACAGCAAGCUGCAGUACAUCCUGGCCCAGGUUGGGUUCUCUGUGGGGCUGGGCAACGUCUGGAGGUUCCCCUACCUGUGUCAGAAGAACGGAGGAGGUGGGUAACGCUGGGGAGUCUGGGUAUUGUAGUUAGUUACUGGUGGGGAUUCUGGAUAGUGUAGUCACGGGUGGGAGCUUGGGGGGAUAUGGUGGUACAGGGCUUGAGAAAGUGCAAUUUGAUUCGAUGUCACCAGUCACCCCAGGCUGGUGGAUAAAUGGUGAGGGGGAUAAUGGGGUAAGAGCAUCACAUCUCUCUCUCGACUGGACAGAGUCAUUGUUCCGGCAGACUGGACAGGUGUGAAAUAGCAGGCAGUUGUAGCUGUCACUAUUCAGGUGUUCUAUGGUGUGGUAACAGGCCUGUCUGAGACAGGGAACAUCCAAUAGGUUGACACUGAACAUCUCGUUUACUUCUUGUCAGAAGGAUAAACAUGGUGAAGCACUAUAAUACAUUUGCCUUCACUGAUAUACUGCCCUUGGCUAUACUAGUAUACCCUAGUACAGUGUUUCCCAAAAGUAUUCAGACCACUUGACUUUUUCCACAUUUUGUUACGUUACAGCCUUAUUCUAAAAUGUAUUAAUUAUUUUUUUCUCAUCAGUCUAACACACAAUACCCCAGAAUGACAAAGCGAAGACGGGUAAUUUAUUAAAAAUAAAGAACAGAAAUAUCUUAUUUACGUAAAUAUUCUGACCCUUUGCUAUGAGACUCGAAAUUGAGCUCAGGUGCAUCCUGUUUCCAUUGAUCAUCCUUGAGAUGUUUCUACAACUUGUUUGGAGUCCACCUGUGGUAAAUUCAAUUGAUUGCACGUGAUUUGGAAAGGCACACACCUGUCUAUCUAAGGUCCCACAGUUGACAGUGCACGUCAGAGCAAAAACAAAGCCAUGAGGUCGAAGGAAUUGUCUGUAGAGCUCCGAGACAGGAUUGUGUCGAUGGCACAGAUCUGGGGAAGGGUACCAAAAAAUAUCUGCAGCAUUGAAGGUCCCCAAAAACACAGUGGCCUCCAUCAUUCUUAAAUGGAAGAAGUUUGGAACCACCAAGACUCUUCCUAGAGCUGGCCGCCCAGCCAAACUGAGCAAUUGGGGGAGAAGGGCCUUGGUCAGGGAGGUGACCAAGAACCCGAUGGUCACUCUGAGAGCACCAGAGUUCCUCUGUGGAGAUGGGAGAACCUUCCAGAAGGUCAACCAUCUCUGCAGCACUCCACCAAUCAGGCCUUUAUGGUAGACUGGCCACUCCUCAGUAAAAAGCACAUAACAGCCCGCUUGGAGUUUGCCAAAAGGCACCUAAAAGAAACAAGAUUCUCUGGUCUGAUGAAACCGAGAUUGAACUCUUUGGCCUGAAUGCCAAGCGUCACAUCUGGAGGAAACCUGGCACCAUCCCUACGGUGAAGCAUGGUGGUGGCAGCAUCAUGCUGUUGAGAUGUUUUUCAGUGGCAGGGACUGGGAGACUAGUCAGGAUCGAGGAAAAGAUGAACGGCGCAAAGUUCAGAGAGUUCCUUGAUGAAAACCUGCUCCGGAGCACUCAAGACCUCAGACUGGGGCGAAGGUUCACCUUCCAACAGGACAACGACCCUAAGCAUACAGCCAAGACAACUCAGGAGUGGCUUCGGAACAAGUCUCUGAAUGUCCUUGAGUGGCCCUGCCAGAGCCCCGACUUGAACCCGAUCUAACAUCUCUGGAGAGACCUGAAAAUAGCUGUGCAGCGACGAUCCUCAUCCAACUUGACAGAGCUUGAGAGGAUCUGCAGAGAAGAAUGGGAGAAACUCCCCAAAUACAGGUGUGCCAAGCUUGUAGCGUCAUACCCAAGAAGACUGGAGGCUGUAAUCGCUGCCAAAGUUGCUUCAACAAAGUACUGAGUAAAGGGUCUGAAUACUUAUGUAAAUGUAAUAUUUCAGUAGUUUGUUUUACAUUUGCAAAAGUUUCUAGAAACCUGGUUUUGCUUUGUCAUUAUGGGGUAUUGUUUGUAGAUUGAUUUUUAUAUAAUCAAAUUUUAGAAAAACAAUUUAAUCCAUUUUAGAACAAGGCUGUAACGUAACAAAAUGUGGAAGAAGUCAAGGGGUCUGAAUACUUUCCGAAUGUACUGUAUAUAUACUCUUGAAAGUUGUAAUAGUAGAAUGCACAGGGUGCAAUUUCUAAACGGGUGUGUCCCGGUGAAACCUGACACCAUGAUAAUCUGCAGCCUCAAGUCCAGGCUUGUCCUAGUGAUUAUGGAUUCUGAUGAUCCUGAAAAAACCAUUGUGUCUCGGUCUCUCUCUAACCUCCGUUAUCGAUGCUAGCGCGCGCGCGCUAGCGAGCGCGCGAUCGGAGGAGCGAGAGGCGAGAGGCGAAGGGCGAGAGAGCGCAAGUGAGAGCUCCGAGCGAGAGAGUAGCGAGAGAGCGAGCAGAGCCUCUCGAGCUCAGAAGCUGAUCCUAUAGUCUCUCUCCUCUCUCUCUCGCUUCGCUUCUCCCCUCUCUCUCCUAUCUCUCUCAAUUCUCUAUCUCUCAAUUUCUUCUAUCUCUAUCUCUCAAUUUCUUCCUCUAUCUCUCUAUUCUCCCUAUCCCUCUCUCUCGCUCUCAUAUAUAUAUCCCCCUCUUCCUUCAUCUUCCUCCUUCCCCCCUCCUUUAUGUUCUCUCUAUUCAAUUUCCAUUUGAUGAAAAGGCCAGUAGAGAUUACAUUGAACAAAGGCUACAGUGUUACAGUACUCUAGUAUUGCAGGAAAGACCAACGCCAUAUUAUAAUCCCUCCAUCAAAAUAAUUGUGUUCCAAAGAGCAAAGAGCAGUAUAAACCUGAAUGGCUUUCUCUGUGUUGUGUUUGGAUCCGCACAACCAGUCCAGGCCUCCUAGUCCCAGGUGUGUUGUUACUUGGAAUAGCAGCAAGUGAGAGUUGGCUGGCAGCCAAGGUUGUGCUAAUUACGGUGCAAAUGUGUUGUUUGUGAGUGCAUGAUGAUGCUCUGUGUGCUCAGUGGAGCUAAAAGAGGGAGAGUAGAGAGGUACAGAGAGAGACAGGAGGGGGUGGAGAUAAUACUAGAUAAUAGAGGACAUGACCAUCCACAAAGUAGUCUGUCUUUCUUUGGUUGGCUUGAGCUAUUUGUGUCAAUAUGAAAUAUACUGGCCUUUUCCUUCCAUCCAGAAGGCUGUUUCAAUUGGACCUUUCCUGACUUGUAACCUUUAACCUUCUCCCUCUUCAUUCUCCCUUUCCUCCCUCUUUCUUCUCCUCCCCCAUCCCCUCUCUCCUCCCCCCUCCUCUCUCAGGUGCGUACCUGGUCCCGUACUUCAUCCUCCUCAUCCUCAUCGGGAUCCCUCUGUUCUUCCUGGAACUGGCGGUGGGACAGAGGAUUAGGAGAGGCAGCAUCGGGGUGUGGAACUAUGUUUACCCUCAGCUAGGAGGCAUCGGGGUCUCCAGUCUAAUGGUGAGACGCUUGCACACACACUACAGGACUGUGGCGGCCAUUUUGUCAGCCUUGUGAUUUGUCAAGCAAAUAACCGCUGGUCUCACAGUAAUUUACCGUUAAUUAACAGAAACACAUUAAGCAUCUCCAGGCUUUGAGCCACUGAUGCGGACCUUUUGGAACAUCUACAUUUUAAAGUAUAAUAAAUCCAUUGAAUAUAGCCUACACCAUCACAAUAAAUCCAUUAUUUAUUUUAGGCAGGUCUAAAGAAACAUUAUGAUAUGAAGAAAAUUUUAACUAUUUCAGAAGAGCAGAGUAGCGUACUCUGAGACAUCCUUCUGUUGGGCCCUGAUCUGGCUAUGCCAUAUGGCUGUCGGCUAAUUUAGUUCAUUUAGCAGACAAGAUUUGCUUAUUAUUCCUGUGGCUUUAUUUUAUAUUAUUUUAUGGUAAGAAGAAUACAAUUGAACAUAGCUGAAUAAAAUAGAAAGGAUAUUUUUCCCAAACGAUUUCUGAGGGAAUGCGCACAUGCGGCUAUUCUGUGUUGAACGGUUAACAAAGAAACAGGUCAUCCUAUAUGCUUGAUUUAGAGUUAUUUAUGCAAUAUGUUUUGAUUUCUAAUACAUUCUAAGGCUGCAUGCGACUCUAAUGAUGAUUUGAAUAAAGUCUCAUGAAAGGCAUGAGCUCUGAGGAGUUUCUUGCGCCGGCUUCACACACUUCAUCAGUCUCUCAUGAAGUGUGUGUGUGGGGGGGGGGGGGGGGGGGUAAACAAAACAUAAAGUUACAUAUGGGGUAAACAAAACAUAAAGUCAAAAAUACAACAGAAAAUAUAUAUACAGUGUGUGCGAAUGUAGUAAGUUAUGGAGGUAAGGUAAUAAAUAGGCCAUAGUGCAAAAUAGUUACAAUUUCGUAUAAUACUGGAAUAAUAGAUGUGCAAAAGAUGAUGUGCAAAUAGAGAUACUGGGGUGCAAAUUAGCAAAAUGAAUAACAAUAUGGGGAUGAGGUAGUUGGGUGGGCUAAUUUCAGAAAGGCUGUGUACAGGUGCAGUGAUCGGUAAGCUGCUCUGACAACUGACGCUUAAAGUUAGUGAUGGAGAUAAGAGUCUCCAUCAAUACGGUCAUUGUAACAGCCCUACACAAACACACACACACACACACACACACACAAAUGCACGCACACAGCUAGGAGGUGUCGGGUUGACAAGUCGUAUGGUCAGCUAGGAGGUAUUUGGGGUGACCAGUCGUAUGGUCAGCUAGGAGGUAUUUGGGGUGACCAGUCGUAUGGUCAGCUAGGAGGUAUUUGGGGUGACCAGUCGUAUGGUGAGCUAGGAGGUAUUUGGGGUGACCAGUCGUAUGGUCAGCUAGGAGGUAUUUGGGGUGACCAGUCGUAUGGUCAGCUAGGAGGUAUUUGGGGGGUGACCAGUCCGUAUGGUCAGCUAGGAGGUAUUUGGGGUGACCAGUCGUAUGGUGAGCUAGGAGGUAUUUGGGGUGACCAGUCGUAUGGUCAGCUAGGAGGUAUUUGGGGUGACCAGUCGUAUGGUCAGCUAGGAGGUAUUUGGGGUGACCAGUCGUAUGGUCAGCUAGGAGGUAUUUGGGGUGACCAGUCGUAUGGUCAAGCUAGGAGGUAUUUGGGGUGACCAGUCGUAUGGUCAGCUAGGAGGUAUUUGGGGUGACCCAGUCGUAUGGCGAGCUAGGAGGUAUUUGGGGUGACCAGUCGUAUGGUCAGCUAGGAGGUAUUUGGGGUGACCAGUCGUAUGGUCAGCUAGGAGGUAUUUGGGGUGAACCAGUCGUAUGGUCAGCUAGGAGGUAUUUGGGGUGACAGUCGUAUGGUCAGCUAGGAGGUAUUUGGGGUGACCAGUCCGUAUGGUGAGCUAGGAGGUAUUUGGGGUGACCAUCGUAUGGUAGCUUAGGAGGUAUUUGGGGUGACCAGUCGUAUGGUCAGCUAGGAGGUAUUUGGGGGGUGACCAGUCGUAUGGUCAGCUAGGAGGUAUUGGGGUGACCAGUCGUAUGGUCAGCUAGGAGGUUUGGGUGACCAGUCGUAUGGUGCAGCUAGGAGGUAUUUGGGGUGACCAGUCGUAUGGUCAGCUAGGAGGUAUUUGGGGUGACCAGUCGUAUGGUCAGCUAGGAGGUAUUUGGGGGGACCAGUCGUAUGGUCAGCUAGGAGGUAUUUGGGGUGACCAGUCGUAUGGUCAGCUAGGAGGUAUUUGGGGUGACCAGUCGUAUGGUCAGCUAGGAGGUAUUUGGGGUGACCAGUCGUAUGGUCAGCUAGGAGGUGGGUAAUUUGGUGGGUGGGGACCAGUCGUAUGGUCAGCUAGGAGGUAUUUGGGGUGACCAGUCGUAUGGUCAGCUAGGAGGUAUUUGGGGUGACCAGUCGUAUGUCAGCUAGGAGGUAUUUGGGGUGACCAGUCGUUGGUCAGCUAGGAGGUAUUUGGGGUGACAGUCGUAUGGUCAGCUAGGAGGUAUUUGGGGUGACCAGUCGUAUGGUCAGCUAGGAGGUGUCGGGUUGACAAGUCGUAUGGUCAGCUAGGAGGUAUUUGGGGUGACCAGUCGUAUGGUCAGCUAGGAGGUAUUUGGGGGUGACCAGUCGUAUGGUCAGCUAGGAGGUAUUUGGGGUGACCAGUCGUAUGGUCAGCUAGGAGGGUAUUUGGGGUGACCAGUCGUAUGGUCAGCUAGGAGGUAUUUGGGGUGACCAGUCGUAUGGUCAGCUAGGAGGUAUUUGGGGUGACCAGUCGUAUGGUGAGCUAGGAGGUAUUUGGGGGUGACCAGUCGUAUGGUCAGCUAGGAGGUAUUUGGGGUGACCAGUCGUAUGGUGAGCUAGGAGGUAUUUGGGGUGACCAGUCGUAUGGUCAGCUAGGAGGUAUUUGGGGUGACCAGUCGUAUGGUCAGCUAGGAGGUAUUUGGGGUGACCAGUCGUAUGGCCAGCUAGGAGGUAUUUGGGGUGACCAGUCGUAUGGUCAGCUAGGAGGUAUUUGGGGUGACCAGUCGUAUGGUCAGCUAGGAGGUAUUUGGGGUGACCAGUCGUAUGGUCAGCUAGGAGGUAUUUGGGGUGGACCAGUCGUAUGGUCAGCUAGGAGGUAUUUGGGGUGACCAGUCGUAUGGCCAGCUAGGAUGGUAUUUGGGGGUGACCAGUCGUAUGGUCAGCUAGGAGGUAUUUGGGGUGACCAGUCGUAUGGCCAGCUAGGAGGUAUUUGGGGUGACCAGUCGUAUGGCCAGCUAGGAGGUAUUUGGGGUGACCAGUCGUAUGGUGAGCUAGGAGGUAUUUGGGGUGACCAGUCGUAUGGUCAGCUAGGAGGUAUUUGGGGUGACCAGUCGUAUGGUCAGCUAGGAGGUAUUUGGGGUGACCAGUCGUAUGGUGAGCUAGGAGGUAUUUGGGGUGACCAGUCGUAUGGCCAGCUAGGAGGUAUUUGGGGUGACCAGUCGUAUGGUCAGCUAGGAGGUAUUUGGGGUGACCAGUCGUAUGGUCAGCUAGGAGGUAUUUGGGGUGACCAGUCGUAUGGCCAGCUAGGAGGUAUUUGGGGUGACCAGUCGUAUGGCGAGACCUACUGUGUACUUAGCAGCUAGCCUUGCUCACAGGGUUCUAGGUUCCUGUCAGGCUGAGAGAGGAUCUCAUGGGAUCUACAGGUUCAUCUGCCUCACCUAAAGCCUAUUACUGUAGGAAGUUGCUAUGGACCACCAAGUGACAAAAGUCAGUAUUUGGACUAUAUGUGUGAGAUGUUGGAUAACGUGUGUGAUAUCGACAGAGGAGGUAUAUUUUCUGGGUGACCUAAAUAUUGUACUGGUUGUCAUCAAGCUGUCCACUCAAAAAUAAGCUCCAAGCUGUAACCAGUGCCUGCAAUCUGGUUCAAGUUAUCAGUCAACCUACCCAGGGUAUUUAUAAACAGAACAGGAACUAAAUCAUCCACGUGUAUUGAUCACAUCUUUACUAAUGUUUCAGAAAUCUGCUCUAAAGUAGUAUCCAGAUCCAUCAGAUGUAGUGACCAUAAUAUAGCAGCCAUAUCUAGGAAAACCACAUUUCCAAAGACUGGACCUAAAAGAAGUGUGCUGUGGAUGUCUAUGUUGCUAUGUUGCUUACUGACGGACCAAGAGGCUAGCCAGUCUGUCGAAUACAGGGCACUCACCACGAUCACAUCUGCUACAUUACAGUCAGCCAGCCAGUCAAUCAGUCAGCGAGUCUGUCAAUCAGUCAGUCAGUCAGUCAGUCUGUAGUCAGUCAGUCAGUCAGUGAGUCCAUCAGUCAGUCAGUCUGUAGUCAGUCAGUCAGUCAGUGAGUACAUCAGUCAGUCAGUCAGUCAGUGAGUACAUCAGUCAGUCAGUCUGUAGUCAGUCAGUCAGUCAGUGAGUACAUCAGUCAGUCAGUCAGUCAGUGAGUACAUCAGUCAGUCAGUCUGUAGUCAGCCAGGCCCAUGCAGCCCUGAUGCAGUGAGGUAUGAGGCUGGCUGUGAAGUAAUAGACUAGUAUGCUAGUAUGGAUAAUGUAAUAGGCCUACAGUUAGUCAUUCAGUCAGUUAGUCAUUCAGUCAGUGAGUCAGUCCGCCAAUCAGUCAGACAGUCUGUAGUCAGCCAGCCAGUCAGUGAGUCAGUUAUUCAGACAGCCAGUCUGUCAGUUAGUCAGUCUGUAGUCAGCCAGCCCCAUGCAGCCCUGGGGCAGGGAUGUGUGAGGCAGGCUGGAUGGCUCUGUAUCAAUCUUAAAAUGAAGCAUUGAAUUGGGCGUACAUCUUAAAAUGAAUCAUUGUAUUGGGCAUACAUCUUAAAAUGAAGCAUUGUAUUGGGCAUACAUCUUAAAAUGAAGCAUUGUAUUGGGCGUACAUCUUAAAAUGAAGCAUUGUAUUGGGCAUACAUCUUAGAAUGAAGAAUUUGUCACGCUCGUUUACGGAAGAGACGGACCAAGGCGCAGCGUGAUAAGCGUACAUUUUAUUUGUACUGAACACACGACAAAACAAACGAUACGUGAAGUCCUAGGUUACACAAAACAAACCUUACGGAACAAGAUCCCACACCGACUAGUGCCAAACAGGCUGCCUAAGUAUGGUCCCCAAUCAGAGACAACGAGUUACAGCUGCCUCUGAUUGGGAACCACCCUGGCCAACAUAGAUCCAUACGAUCUAGAAACUAACAUAGAAAAAUUACCAUAGAAACUCCACACCCUGGCUCAACAUUUAAGAGUCCCCAGAGCCAGGGCGUGACAGUACCCCCCCCCCCCCCCACCCCAAAGGCGCGGACUGCGACCGCGCUACACAAACACAACAGUGUAGGGGGCGGGUGGGCAUUCCGCCUCGGAGGCGGAUCCGGCUCCGGGCGUGACCACCACUUUCUCUCCACCUCCCCGUUGCGCCCCUGGUCUGGUCUGGCACCGCUGGCCGGAGCUGGACUGGGCACCGGUGGAGCGGAUUGCUCUGGCUCCGGAGUGGAUCCGCUGACUGGAGUUGGACCGGACCCCGGUGGAGCGGAUUGCUCUGGCUGCGGAGUGGAGCAGCUUACCGGUGCUGGACCAGGCACCGGUGGAACAGGCACGGGCCGUGCCGGACUGGACACACGCACCACAGGCUUGGUGCGGGGAGCAGGAACGGGCCGGACCGUGCUGACGACGCGCACCACUGGCUUGGUGCGGGGAGCAGGAACGGGCCGGACUGGGCUGACGACGCGCACCACAGGCUUGGUGUGGGGAGCAGGAACGGGCCGGACCGGGCUGACGACGCGCACCACUGGCUUGGUGCGGGGAGCAGGAACGGGCCGGACCGGGCUGACGACGCGCACCACUGGCUUGGUGCGGGGAGCAGGAACGGGCCGGACCGGGCUGACGACGCGCACCACUGGCUUGGUGCGGGGAGCAGGAACAGGCCGGACUGGGCUGGCGACGCGCACCACUGGCUUGGUGCGAGGGACAGGAACAGGCCGGACCGGACUGGGAACACGCACCACUGGCCUGGUGCGGGGAGCAGGAACGGGCCGGACUGGGCUGGCGACGCGCACCACUAGCUUGGUGCGGGGAGCAGGAACAGGCCGGGCCGGACUGGGAACACGCACCACUGGCCUGGUGCGGGGAACAGGCACGGGCCGUGCCGGACUGGACACACGCACCACAGGCUUGGUGCGGGGAGCAGGAACGGGCCGGACCGUGCUGACGACGCGCACCACUGGCUUGGUGCGGGGAGCAGGAACGGGCCGGACCGGGCUGACGACGCGCACCACAGGCUUGGUGCGGGGAGCAGGAACGGGCCGGACCGGGCUGACGACGCGCACCACUGGCUUCUGAUUGGGAACCACCCUGGCCAACAUAGAUCCAUACGAUCUAGAAACUAACAUAGAAAAAUUACCAUAGAAACUCCACACCCUGGCUCAACAUUUAAGAGUCCCCAGAGCCAGGGCGUGACAGCAUUGUAUUGGGCAUACAUCUUAGAAUGAAGCAUUGUAUUGGGCAUACAUCUUAGAAUUAAGCAUUGUAUUGGGCAUACAUCUUAUAUACAUAUAUAUAUAUAUAAAAAAAUAUAUAUAUAUAGUGAGAUUUUUUGGGGGGGGUAGAUUAGUUUAAUAUUGCAGAUAGAUUGUAACUUCCAUCAAUGUAAUUGUCUGCAUCACUUCCAAUCCCCCAUGUUUUUUAUAUAUAUACUCCCCUUUAUUACUUUUCAACCCCGCCAUCCUUUCCCUACUUGGAGUAAACUAGUGAACAACAAUGCUUAGGCCUCUACUUCCAGCUUAUACUUACUAUCUACAUUUUAUGGACACAGUCAAUUUGACAAUAAUUAUAUUUUAUUUGUUUUUGCUCCUGAACUUCUUCUACUCUCAACCUCUCCGAUCAUUUUCAUGAUGUCCAUCCGGUUUGCUUCUAUAUGCCAUAUCUUUCUAACUGUGCUCUUUCCCAAAAGCUCCCAACAUACAACCUAUAUACUUAUUAUGGACACAGUAUGCUUACAUUAUUAGUUAUCUUGUUAUUAUUUGUUGUUAGUUGUUAUUAGUCCCAUCCUUCAACUCCACUCAACACCUCCAAUCUAUCUCUUAACACCAUUGUAUUGGGCGUACAUCUUAAAAUGAAGCAUUCUAUUGGGCGUACAUCUUAAAAUGAAGCAUUGCAUUGGGCGUACAUCUUAAAAUGAAGCAUUGUAUUGGGCGUACAUCUUAAAAUGAAGCAUUGUAUUGGGUAAACAUCUUAGAAUGAAGCAUUGUAUUGGGCAUACAUCUUAAAAUGAAGCAUUGUAUUGGGCAUAGAUCUUAGAAUGAAGCAUUGUAUUGGGCAUACAUCUUAGAAUGAAGCAUUUUAUUGGGCAUACAUCUUAGAAUGAAGCAUUGUAUUGGGCAUACAUCUUAGAAUGAAGCAUUGUUUUGGGCAUACAUCUUAAAAUGAAGCAUUGUAUUGGGCAUACAUCUUAGAAUGAAGCAUUGUAUUGGGCAUAGAUCUUAGAAUGAAGCAUUGUAUUGGACGUACAUCUUAGAAUGAAGCAUUGUAUUGGGCAUACAUCUUAGAAUGAAGCAUUGUAUUGGGCAUAGAUCUUAGAAUGAAGCAUUGUAUUGGACGUACAUCUUAAAAUGAAGCAUUGUAUUGGGCAUACAUCUUAGAAUGAAGCAUUGUAUUGGACGUACAUCUUAAAAUGAAGCAUUGUAUUGGGCAUACAUCUUAGAAUGAAGCAUUGUAUUGGACGUACAUCUUAAAAUGAAGCAUUGUAUUGGGCAUACAUCUUAGAAUGAAGCAUUGUUUUGGGCAUACAUUCUAAGUAGUAUGCUACUAUAGCUAUUGGAUAUUGCAGUCAGUGCAGUACACUAUACAGUGCUGAGGCAGUGAGGUGUGAGGCGUGAGGGUUGAGGCGUGGGGGUUGAGGCAGUGAUGGUUGAGGCAGUGAUGGUUGAGGGUUGAGGUGUGAGGGUUGAGGCAGUGAGGGUUGAGGCGUGAGGGUUGAGGCAGUGAGUUGUGAGGCAUAAGGGUUGAGGCGUGGGGGUUGAGGCAGUGAUGGUUGAGGGUUGAGGUGUGAGGGUUGAGGCGUGAGGGUUGAGGUGUGAGGGUUUCAGGCAUGAGGAUGUAACCUGGUGCAGUGAGUGUUGAGGCAGGCUGGAUGUGGCCUGGGGCAGUGAGGGUUGAGGCAGGCUGGAUGUGGCCUGGGGCAGUGAGGGUUGAGGCAGGCUGGAUGUGGCCUGGUGCAGUGAGUGUUGAGGCAGGCUGGAUGUGGCCUGGGGCAGUGAGGGUUGAGGCAGGCUGGAUGUGGCCUGGGGCAGUGAGGGUUGAGGCAGGCUGGAUGUGGCCUGGGGCAGUGAGGGUUGAGGCAGGCUGGAUGUGGCCUGGGGCAGUGAGGGUUGAGGCAGGCUGGAUGUGGCCUGGGGCAGUGAGGGUUGAGGCAGGCUGGAUGUGGCCUGGGGCAGUGAGGGUUGAGGCAGGCUGGAUGUGGCCUGGGGCAGUGAGUGUUGAGGCAGGCUGGAUGUGGCACCAGGAGCUCCGCUCUGCUCUGGCGCUAUAAAUACAUAGAGGCCUAGAACACACAGAGGACUUCAAUUAUUCAGAUAAACUUCAGCUGUGGGCUGCAUGAGUGUCUGAGAGUGAAACACAGAGAAAAGCCCAUUCAUAUGAUAGUAUUGCCUGUGUAGCUUUCUGAUGGUCCUUGAGUGUUGGCCAGGAAAGCCAUUUGUAUGUGUAACCGGCUGCACUACACCACCUUGUGGUUGAUGGAAGCUCUGAAAUGCGAUGGGUUUCCCAGAACACAGGCCAUCACAUAGAAAUACACCACAAUACAGCAAUGGCUUUUUGUAGGUUGAGCAAUGACAUACAUUUCUUGGAAGAACUAAGGAUUGUUUUACCUUUCUCUCUCUCUCUGUCUGUCUCUCUAGGUGUGUGGCUUCGUGGGCCUUUAGUACAAGCCAGUGACAGCUCUACCCCUCUCUGUCUCCUCUCUGUCUCUCUAGGUGUGUGGCUUCGUGGGCCUGUACUACAACGUGAUCAUCGGCUGGAGUAUCUUCUACUUCUUCCAGUCAUUCCAGUACCCACUGCCCUGGGCAGAGUGCCCCAUCAGGGUGAUCAACGGGAGCCAAGCCAGUGAGUUCAGACACACAGCACAGUUUAGAACAGGACAGCGAAGGAGAACACAGCAAGACACUGCACUGCAUCCUGUAGUACAUCACAGUACAGCAUCCUGUAGUACAUCACAGCACUGCAUCAUGUAGUACAUCACAGCACAGCAUCCUGUAGUACAUCACAGCACUGCAUCCUGUAGUACAUCACAGUACAGCAUCCUGUAGUACAUCACAGCACAGCAUCCUGUAGUACAUCACAGCACUGCAUCCUGUAGUACAUCACAGUACAGCAUCCUGUAGUACAUCACAGCUCAGCAUCCUGUAAUACAUCACAGUACAACACAUCAUAUAACAUCACAGUACUGCAUCCUGUAGUACAUCACAGCACUGCAUCCUGUAGUACAUCACAGUACAGCAUCCUGUAAUACAUCACAGUACAACACAUCAUAUAACAUCACAGUACUGCAUCCUGUAGUACAUCACAGUACAGCAUCCUGUAGUACAUCACAGCUCAGCAUCCUGUAAUACAUCACAGUACAACACAUCAUAUAACAUCACAGUACAGCAUCCUGUAGUACAUCACAGCACAGCACAUCAUAUAACAUCACAGCACAAAAAAGUCAAACACUGUGCAGUACAGCAUGGUUGAGAUCGUGGGUACAGCUGAAUAAAGCACACUACAUUACAUUUGGCUACAUUGGCCUACUGUAGUUUUCCACUCCAUGUGAAAGAGAGCCUGCCUCACUGCGCCUGCUCAGUACUGUAUAGUCAACAAUACAGUACAUAAAAAAAUAAGAUGUUUUAUUGUCACGUGUAGUGAACAGCUGGUAAUCUGCCGGUUGAGCAGAGAGAGGAUGAGGUGGGAUGCAGUCAGAGCAGAGUGUGAUGCUGUGAUGCUGUGUACUGUCAGAAGGUAUAGCCCAGUCUCUGAGUAACCUGCAUGCCCUGCGGUGACGGCAGGCAGCACAUAGCUCCUCCACUCACCUUGUGUUAGCAUUACGUUAGAAUGCCAGUCUUAGCUCCCACACUGACCUCUAUGCAGAUAUUAACCGUUGGCCACUAUAUAUACUAUAUAUAUACUAUACUAUAUACUAUACUAUAUACUUCACAGCUGUAUAUUUCUUACAUUCUCCCCCCUCUCCCCCUCUACCCCCCUUCUACCCCGCUUCUCCGCGCUCUACUCCGCCUCUACCCCCUCCUCCCCCCCUCGCCCCCUCUCUCUCCGUCCCCUCUCUCCCCCUCUCUCCCUCUCUCCCCCAUCUCCCCCUCUCUCCCCCUCUCCCCCUCUCUCCCUCUCUCUCCCUCUCUCCCUCUCUCCCCCUCGCGUCCCCCUCUCUCUCCCCUCUCUCUCUUCCCUCUCCCCCCCUCUUCCCCUCUCUCUCUUCCCUCCCCCUCUCUUUUCCCCCUCUCCCCCCUCUCCCUCUCUCUCCCUCUCUCCCCUCCCCUCCCCCCCUCUCCCCCCUCUCUCCCCCUCUCUCCCUCUCCCCUCUCUCCCCCUCUCCUCCCCUCUCCCCCUCAUCUUUUCCCCCGUCUCCCCUCUCACCUCCCUCCCUCCUUCCCUCCCUCCCUCCCUUUCCCUCCCCCCUCCCUCCCUCCCUCCCCCUCCCUCCCUCCCUCCUUCCCUCCCUCUAGUCAUCGAGCCGGAGUGUGAAAAGUCUUCUGCCACCACCUACUUCUGGUACCGGCAGACCCUGAACAUCACCAGCACCAUCGAGGACAGCGGAGGCCUCAACUGGAGGAUGACCCUGUCCCUGUUCGCCGCCUGGCUCAUCGUCUGUCUGGCAGUGAUCAAGGGCAUCCAGUCAUCCGGGAAGGUAACAGGCAGAGAUCUAUUAUAUACGUGUAUACAUGUACUGUAUAUAUACUAUCUGAAGGUACUGUAUACAGUACUACAGUCGUGGUCAAAAGUUUUGAGAAUAACACAAGUAUUGGUCUUCACAAAGUUCGCUGCUUCAGUGUUUUUAGAUAUUUUUGUCAGAUGUUACUAUGGUAUACUGAAGUAUAAUUACAAGCAUUCCAUAAGUGUCAAAGGCUUUUAUUGACAAUUACAUUAAGUUUAUGCAAAGAGUCAAUAUUUGCGGUGUUGACCCUUCUUUUUCAAGACCUCUGCAAUCCGCCCUGGCAUGCUGUCAAUUAACUUCUGGGCCACAUCCUGACUGAUGGCAGCCCAUUCUUGCAUAAUCAAUGCUUGGAGUUUGUCAGAAUUUGUGGGGUUUUGUUUGGCCACCCACCUCUUGAGGAUCGACCACAAGUUCUCAAUGGGAUUAAGUUCUGGGGAGUUUCCUGGCCAUGGACCCAAAAUGUCGAUGUUUUGUUCCCCGAGCCACUUAGUUAUCACUUUUGCCUUAUGGCAAGGUGCUCCAUCAUGCUGUAAAAGGCAUUGGUCGUCACCAAACUGUUCUUGGAUGGUUGGGAGAAGUUGCUCUCGAAGGAUGUGUUGGUACCAUUCUUUAAUCAUGGCUGUGUUCUUAGGCUUUAGGAGACGGUCCUGGCGCUUGCUGGACUUUCUUGGGCGCCCUGACGCCUUCUUCACAACAAUUGAACCUCUCUCCUUGAAGUUCUUGAUGAUCCGAUAAAUAGUUGAUUUAGGUGCAAUCUUACUAGCAGCAAUAUCCUUGCCUGUGAAGCCCUUUUUGUGCAAAGCAAUGAUGACGGCACGUGUUUCCUUGCAGGUAACCAUGGUUAACAGAGGAAGAACAAUGAUUUCAAGCACCACCCUCCUUUUAAAGCUUCCAGUCUGUUAUUCUAACUCAAUGAGCAUGACAGAGUGAUCUCCAGCCUUGUCCUCGUCAACACUCCCACCUGUGUUAACGAGAGAAUCACUGACAUGAUAGCAGCUGGUCCUUUUGUGGCAGGGCUGAAAUGCAGUGGAAAUGUUUUUUUGGGAUUAAUUUCAUUUUCAUGGCAAAGAGGGACAUUGCAAUUAAUCUGAUCACUCUUCAUAACAUACUAACUGUAAGUCGCUCUGGAUAAGAGCGUCUGCUAAAUGACUAAAAUGUAAAAUGUAAUUCUGGAGUAUAUGCAAAUUGCCAUCAUCAAAACUGAGGCAGCAGACUUUGUGAAAAUUAGUAUUUGUGUCAUUCUCAAAACUUUUGACCACGACUGUAUACAUGUGUAUAAAUGUACUGUAUAUAUACUAUCUGAAGGUACUGAAUACAGUGCAUUUGGAAGAUAUUCAGACCCCUUGAUUUUUUCCACAUUUUGUUACAUUACAGCCUUAUUUCUAAAAUUGAUUAAAUCAUUUUUUUCCCUCAUCAAUCUACAUACAAUACCCCAUAACGACAAAGCAAAAACAGGUUUUUAGAAAUGUUUGCAAAUGUAUUAAAAAUAAAAAACAGAAAUAUUACAUUUACAUAAGUAUUCAGACCCUUUACUCAGUACAUUGUUGAAGCACCUUCGGCAACGAUACAGCCUCGAGUCUUCUUGGGUAUGAUGCUACAAGUUUGGCACACCUGUAUUUGGGGAGUUUCUCCCAUUCUUCUCUGCAAAUCCUCUCAAGCUCUGUCAUGUUGGAUGGGGAGAGUCGCUGCACAGCUAUUUUCAGGUCUCUCCAGAGAUGUUCGAUUGGGUCCAAGUCCGGGCUCUGGCUGGGCCACUCAAGGACAUUCAGAGACUUGUCCCGAAGCCACUCCUGCAUUGUUUUGGCUGUGUGCUUAGGGUCAUUUGCCCCAGUCUGAGGUUCUGAGCGCUCUGGAGCAGGUUUUCAUUAAGGAUCUCUCUGUACUUUGCUCCGUUCAUCUUUCCCUUGAUCCUGACUAGUCUCCCAGUCCCUGCCGCUGAAAAACAUCCCCAAAGCAUGAUGCUGCCACCACCAUGCUUCACUGUACGGUGGUCCCAGGUUUCCUAGAGACUUGAGGCUUGGCAUUCAGCCCAUGGAGUUCAAUCUUGGUUUCAUCAGAUCAGAGAAUCUUGUUUCUCAUGGUCUGAGUCUUUAGGUACCUUUUGGCAAACUCCAAGUGGGCUGUCGUGCCUUUUACUGAGGAGUGGCUUCCGUUUGGCCACUCUACCAUAAAAGCCUGAUUGGCAGAGUGCUGCAGAGAUGGUUGUCCUUCUGGAAGGUUCUCCCAUCUCCACAGAGGAACUCUGGUGCUCUCAGAGUGACCAUCGGGUUCUUGGUCACCUCCCUUAACAAGGGCCUUUUCCACCGAUUGCUCAGUUUGGCCGGGCGGCCAGCUCUAGGAAGAGUCUUGGUGGUUCCAAACUUCUUCCAAUGUUCUUGCGGACAUUCAAAGCUGCAGAAAUGUUUUGGUACAAUUCCCCAGAUCUGUGCCUCAACACAAUCCUGUCUCGGGGCUCUACUGCAAUUCCUUCAACUUCAUGUCUUGGUUUUUGCUCUGACAUGCACUGUCAACUGUGGGACCUUAUAUAGACAGGUGUGUGCCUUAACAAAUCAUGUCCAAUCAAUUGAAUUUACCACAGGUGGACUCCAAUCAAGUUGUAGAAACAUCUAAAGGAUGAUCAUACCUGAGCUCAAUUUCGAGUCUCAUAGCAAAGCGUCUGAAUACUUAUGUAAAUAAGGUAUUUCUGUUUUUUAUUUUUUAUAAAUUAGCAAAAAUUUCAAAAAAACUGUUUUCACUUUGUCAUUAUGGGGUAUUGUUUGUAGAUUGAUUUGUAUUCAAUAAAAUUUUUGAAUAAAGCUGUAACGUAAUAAAAUAUUGAAAAAGUCAAGGGGUCUGAAUACUUUCCGAAUGCACUGUAUAUGACUCUGUAAAUGUACAGGGUCGGGAGCAUUGUCUUCCGACAGCUACUGUAUGUUGUUGUAGCAUGACUCUAUCUGUGCUAAGACAGUGGGGGAGGGGUUACAUGAAAAAGAAACACUGGUAUUGUUGAAAUUGUUCUCGAAAGCUCAAGAGAUCCAUUCAGUUUCACUUUUUCAAAUACAGAUAUUUUCCUAUGGACUUUCUAUGAGUACUGUACUGUAGGAAGACAUUCACAUCCUCUCUCAUGUAUAAGUAUACACAUUCUCAUGAGUAUUUUUAUACUGGCUGAACUGUGACAUAUCCUAUGGUGAGAAAGGCUAAAAUGCUAAAGCACAAAACAAUACUAUUAUUAUUAUAUUUUUUUUUAUGGGGGUAGAUCAGCUUAAUAUUGCAGAUAGAUUGUAACUUCUAUCAAUGUAAUUGUCUGCAUCACUUCCAAUCCCCCAUGUUUUUUUAUAUAUAUACUCCCCUGUAUUACCUCUACUUCCAGCCUAUACUUACUAUCUACAUUUUAUGGAGACAGUCCAUUUUACAAUCAUUCUAUUUUUUAUUUUUUUUAUUUUUUUGCUCCUGAACUUCUUCUACUCUCAGCCUCUCCGAUCAUUUUCAUGAUGUCCAUCCGGUUUGCUUCUAUAUGCCAUAUCUUUCUAACUGUGCUCUUUCCCAAAAGCUCCCAACAUACAACCUAUAUACUUAUUAUGGACACAGUAUGCUUACAUUAUUAGUUAUCUUGUUAUUAUUUGUUGUUAUUUGUUAUUAGUCCCAUCCUUCAACUCCAUUCAAUACCUCCCAUCUAUCUCUUAACACCAUCCAUAUAGGGUUUCUAUUUGCCAUAUAUAUUUCAACCGUACUGUGAUGUUUUACAAAAGUUCUGAACCUUUCUAUUCUCAUUGCUUCUACAGAUUGUGAAUUAAAAAUAAACAUUUUUGCUAAAAGUAUUAUUAUAUUAUUGAUCGAUUGACUAUGACUUUUCAGAUCACCCAGUAAUGCUAUCUGCAAGGUUAGCUCCAGGUAAAUAUUGCAAUCCUUUAGCCAUUCCUGGACCUGUGUCCAAAAACAAGCUACAAAUGGACAGAACCAAAACAAAUGAUCUAUUGAUUCUGUCUCUUCGCAGCAAAAUCUGCAGAGUUGGGAAGAUUGUAUCCCCCAUAUAAAUAACAUUCUAUUGGUAGCAAGAAUUUUAUAUAAUAAUUUAAAUUGAAAGAUUCUAAUUUUUGAAUCCGGUGUCGUUUUGCGUGUCAGUUCAUAAACACUAUGCCAUGGGAUCAGUACGUCAAAAAUCUCUUCCCAACUAUUUUGCAAUCUAUAUGGGACGGCUGUCAAUUCUUUGGUCCUUAAGUGAAACUGAUAUACUUUUUUAUUUAUCACAGUUCUCCUUAACCAAUUAUGUUCUUUAAUGCAAGGCCGACAGACAAGUUCCUUACUUUCUCCCCUUCCACUUUCCUCUUCCACUUUUGCGGUAAGGCUGCAAUUAUUUGGUUGUAAUUUUGGGUAGAGCAGACAUUUCCAUAUGUUUUUGUUAGCUGCAUGUGCGACAUAACUCCACCAGUCCUACCGAUGAUAUCAUUUACGACGAUUAUACCUUUUUUAAACAUUCUGUCAAAAAAUAAAGGUUUUUUGUCAAUUAUUAUAUUUGAAUUUAACCACAAUAUUUGUUGCAUUAUUUGUUCUGUCGUUUCUGGAGGAUUAAAUUGAAAUUGCAACCAACUUUCUAUGGCUUGUUUUAGAAAUAGUGAUAUUUGGGAGAUGAUUUCCUUUUCAAAUAACUGAAAAUGAGUUGUUGUAAUCUGAAUAAAGGGAAAAAGGCCUUUCUUGAACAUUGGGUGAGACAAUCUUACUAAUUUGCUUGAGAACCAGUUUGGAUUUAAGUAUAACUUUUGUAUGACUGAAGCUUUUAGUGAUAGGUCUAAUGCUUUAAUAUUUAAUAAUUUCUGUCCUCCGAAUUCAUAUUCAUUAUAUAAAUAGGCCCUUUUAAUUUUGUCUGGCUUGCCGUUCCAAAUAAAAUAUAAUAUUUGUUCUCAUAUAAUUUAAAAAACUGUUCGCUAGGCGUAGGCAAGACCAUAAGCAAAUAGGUAAACUGGGAUAAUACUAAAGACUUAAUCAGGGUGAUUUUUCCACAAAUUGACAGGUAUUUUCCUUUCCAUGGUAGUAAGAUCGUAUCUAUUUUUGCUAACUUUAUAUUAAAAUGUAUUGAAGUGAGAUCAUUUAUUUCCUUUGGGAUAUGUAUUCCGAGUAUAUCCACAUCACCAUCAGACCAUUUUAUUGGUAAGCUACAUGGUAAUGUAAACAUUAAAUUUUUUAGUGAUCCAAUACGUAAUAUAGUACAUUUGUCAUAAUUUGGUUGUAAUCCAGAGAGGUUAGAAAAUGUAUCUAGAUCCUCUAUGAGGCUGUGGAGGGAUUAUAGUUGUGGAUUUAAAAGAAAACAUGAAUCAUCAGCGUACAAUGACACCUUUGUUUUUAAGCCCUGGAUUUCUAAUCCUCUGAUAUUAUUAUUGGAUCUGAUUUUAAUAGCUAACAUCUCAAUGGCCACAAUACAUAGAUAUGCCGAUAGUGGACAACCUUGUUUCACUCCUCUUGACAGUUUAAAACUUUCUGAGAAAUAGCCAUUAUUUACUAUUUUACACCUAGGGUUACUAUACAUGAUUUUGACCCAUUUUAUAAGAGAUUCUCCUAAAUUGAAAUGCUCAAUACUAUUUUUAGUUUUUUUUUAUGUUAUGGGGAAUGAAGCAUCCAAAAUGAAUGAGCUUAGUCUUAAGAGUCUAGGAGGCACAGUGUGGUUCGAUGACUGAAUCCCAAAUGUUGCCCUAUUCUCUAUAUAGUGCACUACUUUUGACCAGAGCCUUGGUCAAUGUAGUGGACUAUAUAGGGUAUAUGGCACCAUUUGGGAUUCAGACUAACAAUGUGCUUUCAUCUCAGUCCAAACAAUGAGUCGUGAUCACAACACAACAUCCAACCCACAUUUUGGAAUAGGGAAAUACAUAAGAGACAUUGCCAAGAUCUGACACCGUUUGUCUGAAUUCCAAAUAGCAUCUUAUCUCCCUGUACACUGAGCCUACAAAACAUUAGGAACACCUUCCACAGUUGUGUCAAGUUGGCUGGGUGUCCUUUGGGUGGUGGACCAUUCUUGAUACACACGGGAAACUGUUGAGCGUGAAAAACCCAGCAGCGCUGCAGUUCUUGACACAAACCUGUGCGCCUGUCACCUACUACCAUACCCCAGUUCAAAGGCAUUUAAAUAUUUUGUCUUGCCCAUUCACCCUCUGAAUGGCACUCAUACACAAUCCAUGUCUCAGUUGUCUCAAGGCUUAAAAAUCCUUCUUUAACCUGUCUCCUCCCCUUCAUCUACACUGAUUUUAAGUGGAUUUAACAAGUGACAUCAAUAAGGGAUCAUAGCUUUCACCCGGAUUCACCUGGUCAGUCUAUGUCAUGGAAACAGCAGGGGUCAUGGGUCAUGGGUCAGGGGUCUCCAACCUUUUCUAGGUCAUGGUCAAAAGUAGUGCACUAUAUAGGAACAUUUUAACAUGGGACUAUUAUUAUAAAUUACCAAAGUUAUGAUAGAUUGCCAUAGAGUUUCUAUUCAUUACCAAAAACACUGAAGAUUUCCGGUAACUUUAGUAAACUACCGGUAGCUUAGCAACCAUACGCGUGUGCGUGUUUGUGCGUUCAUGCCUCUGUGUGCACGUGUGUAUGCAUGUGUCUGUGUCAGUGUCUCUGUCUGUUUGAAGCAUCACAAUGUGGCCCCUCUUCACUGUGAGGCCAGACUAGUUUGAGGCAGUGUGGUAGUGUCCAUGGUAACAGUGUGGUGGUGUCCAUGGUAACAGUGUGGUGGUGUCCAUGGUAACAGUGUGGUGGUGUCCAUGGUAACUGUGUGGUGGUGUCCAUGGUAACAGUGUGGUGGUGUCCAUGGUAACAGUGUGUACAGUCCUCUGUCUGUCGCCCCUCUCAGGUGAUAUACUUCAUGACUGUGUGUGUGUGUGUGUGUGUGUGUUGUGUGUGUGUGUGUGUGUGUGUUGUGUGUGUGUGUGUGUUGUGUGUGUGUGUGUGUUGUGUGUGUGUGUGUGUGUGUUGUGUGUGUGUGUUGUGUGUGUGUGUGUGUGUGUGUGUGUGGUGUGUGUGUGUUGUGUGUGUGUGUGUGUGUGUGUGUGUGUGUGUGUGUGUGUGUGUGUGUUGUGUGUGUGUGUGUGUGUUGUGUGUGUGUGUGUGUGUGUGUGUUGUGUGUGUGUGUGUGUGUGUGUGUGUGUGUGUGUGUGUGUGUGUGUGUGUGUGUGUGUGUGGUGUGUGUGUGUGUGUGUUUUCUCCUAUCAGGUGAUGUACUUCAGCUCUCUCUUCCCCUACGUGGUGUUGAUCUGUUUCCUCGUCAGAGGCCUGAUGCUCAAAGGAUCUGUUGACGGCAUCGCUCACAUGUUCACCCCAAAGGUACACACACACACACCAAAGGUACACACACACACACACACACACACACACACACACACACCAAAGGUACACACACACACACACACACACACACACACACACACACACACACACACACACACCAAAGGUACACACACACACACACCAUCCUUCAUCUGUGGUACUGAAAAUUACAGCUCCACAGAUUCAACUCACCUGCUUAUCUCAGUCUGCAUGUUGUGUACCUGAAGGUACAACACGGCCAUCCAACAUCCAACCCUAUCUCCGACUCCAUCUCAAGCACAGGGCCGAGGCUGUCAUCGCACAGACUAGAGGCAGACUAGAGAGCAUUGUUGCAGAGCUCACAUUCUGAGAGGUUUUCUGAUAUGGCAGUGUCUGUUUGUCUGUCUGAACGGGAUUCUAUGAAGGGAAACUCUAGUCACAGGGCAGAGUUUGUCCUGCAGUCUUUUAUUCCUCAUUCUUGCCUCACAUUCUUUGCAGGGAUAGGAACGUUGAUCCUCACCCUUAGAUAGUUAGAUUAGAUUAGUGUUUUAGUCAAAACAUUUUCUUUGAAGGACACUCAACCAUAAUUCAUGUAUUCAAUGCCUCUGUACUGGAUGUCUGGAUCCUUAGAGCGAUGUCAGACUGAGAGUGUGAAAAUGUGGUUGUUGUCUCCCUCUAGAGGCUGAAUUAGGUACUCACACUAGAUUGUGACUUUAUCCUCUUGCAAAGUGCAAAAAGGGGAGGCCAUGAUUGUGUGGAACGUUACAUAGUUGCCCCUGACCUCUGACCUCUAACCCCAGUUGGAGAAGAUGCUGGAGCCCCAGGUUUGGAGGGAGGCAGCCACCCAGGUGUUCUUCGCCCUGGGGUUAGGGUUCGGAGGGGUCAUAGCCUUCUCCAGCUACAACAAACGGGACAACAACUGCCACUUUGACGCAGCGCUGGUCUCCAUCAUCAACUUCAUCACCUCCAUCCUGGCUACGCUGGUGGUGUUCGCCGUGCUGGGGUUCAAGGCCAACAUCAUGAACGAGAAAUGUGUUGUGGAGUGAGUAUAUCCAGCCUGGUCCCAGAUCUGUUUGUGCUGUCUUCUGGAGUUAAUCUGCUAUAUAACCAGUCCUUCCUCUUGAAUCCUGACUUAAUAUUAGGUGUCGUCGGAGUAAAUCUGCUGUCCACUCAGUAGUUCCUCUUCGCGUACAUUUGAAUCAUUAUGGGACAAUUUAUAUAUGUUUUGCAGUGCAUCAUAAUUCAAAAAAGCUUCAAUCCAACGCAGGACUAACGAUGGUGAUCUCUGUAAACACUGCAGAUGUUGGCUCAGGCAAGAAAACACUUCAAAGUAAAUGACAGUGCACAGGUCGUUAAUCUGUGUUUGUUUGAAUUCUGAUCUCACUUGUCAACAGAAAUCUCAACCAAACUAAUAAUUUCGUCAAACUCAAAUAACUUAACCAAUAGCAUAUUGUCAUUGUAAAAUAGAGUCAAUCUCUUUCAGCACUAACCUUACCCCCUCUGUCUCUCCUACCCGUUACUAUAUGAACGCAGCUAGAUGAGAUCUCUAUCUUACAACUAACACUCACCCUUUCCUCCUCUCCUCUCCCCUCCUUUCUACAGGAAUGCUGAGAAGAUCCUAGGUUACCUGAACACAGGUGUGUUGAGCCAUGAUCUGAUCCCUCCCCAUGUCAACUUCUCUCACCUGUCAGCUGUGGACUAUCAGGAGAUGUAUGGAGUGAUCAAGACUGUGAAGGAGGACAGCUUCGAUCAGCUGGGACUGGACCCCUGUGUCCUGGAGGACGAACUCAACAAGGUAUGUUGGUCUGGAGCCCUGUGUCCUGGAGGACGAACUCAACAAGGUAUGUUGGUCUGGAGCCCUGUGUACUGGAGGACGAACUCAACGAGGUAUGUUGGUCUGGAGCCCUGUGUCCUGGAGGACGAACUCAACACGCUAUGUUGGUCUGGAGCCCUGUGUCCUGGAGGACGAACUCAACACGCUAUGUUGGUCUGAUUUGGUUUAGUGUUGGAAAUACGUUUUUUGUGUGUGACAUUUUCACACACACACACACACAAAAAUAUAACUUUUUGUGAACUUUCAUGUAAAUCCAUAGAACUGAGAUUAAGCCCAGUCCUGAUUUUUCCAGUCCUGUUUUCGGUCUGGAAGACUGGCCCAUAAAGUAUAGAUUUCAUACUCUGAUAAACACCCAAAGCACUUCCAACAUCAUCUACAACCACUUUUAGAUGGAAAACGGCCGCCUCAUUAUGUGAAGUGAAAUAUAGUGAAGACACAACGAUAGAACAUCUCUUUCUCUUUCUCUUUCUCCAGGCAGUGCAGGGAACAGGCCUGGCCUUCAUUGCCUUCACUGAGGCCAUGACCCACUUCCCUGCCUCUCCGUUCUGGUCCGUCAUGUUCUUCUUCAUGCUGAUUAACCUGGGGCUGGGGUCCAUGAUCGGCACCAUGACAGGGAUCACCACACCUGUGCUGGACGCCUUCCCCAAGAUACGCAAGGAGUUCCUCUGUGGUAAGGCUUCUAUUGGUUGGUUGGUUUAUUCUUUAUCAGUCAGAAGUCAAAGGUCUGUUGGCAUCAGCCAAUAGCUGUUGAAAGAGACUGUUGUAUGCCUUACAUUGAAUUGGUAAGCAUCAGAAAUGUAGUCACAUAAUCAGCCUGACAUAUUUAUUCUCUACAUUUACAUUUUAGUCAUUUAGUAGACGCGCUUAUCCUCUAGUCUUCCUCUCUCAGUGUGCAGUUGCAUCGUAGCCUUCUUCUGUGGUCUGUAUGUAUGAUUAUUAAUGUUUUCCCCUCCUCUUCCUCCUCUCCCUUGAGUGGACGAGGGAAGAGAGGAAGAAGGAGAAGGAAGGAGAGAGCGACAAAGAAAGGAAUGAGGAAGAAAAGGAAGGAGACGGGGGGAGGAAGAAGAGGAAGAAGAGGAAGCAAGAGGAAAGAGGGAGAGGAAGAGAGAAGAAGGCACUAGAAGGCAGAAGAGAGCGGAAGAAGGGAAGAAGAGGACGAGAGGAUCUAUGAGACGCCUAAGAGAGAAGCAGAGGACGCAGAUUCCUCAUUCAGUAUCUUCAUAUAAUCAGCGUACUCAUCCUCUUCCUCCUUAUUAUAAGUGGUGUGGCAUUGUGGCGUUCGUCUGGGCCUGCUGUUUGUCCAGCGCUCUGGAAUACUUUUGUAACCAGGUUGAUGAUUACUCAGCGGCCUGCCGCUCAUGUGGUGGUCAUACUGGAGAAUAUAUCGUGGCAGGAUUACGGCACCAAGAGUUACUGGAUGGUAAACGUGACCCAAGAACUUACAUAUUCCUUACAGCAGUUGCCAAGGAGAAAUGGCUUGUACAUUUUAGUGCUGUGAAAAAAGCGGGGGAAGAAGAAAGGAAGCGAAAAAAAGAAAGACGGAAAACAAGAGUUUCUUUUUGGGCGCGACGAGAGAAGGGAGAGAGAGGAGAGCAAGAGAGAGAGUAAAAGAGGAGAGAGGAGCGGGGAGAAGCGAACGAAGACGAGAGAGAGAGCAGAGAAGAGGGGGGACGAGAAGGGAAAAAGAAGGAGAGAGAGAGGUGUAUACGGAAAAAAGCGAGAAAGAGGAGAGGAGGAAGAGAGCGGAUGAGGAGAUAAGGACCGAUGGUGACAAAAGACAACGCCGCACCUGCCCAGACGAGUCCCCCCCCCCCAGCCCCCCAAGAUGAAGACGUAUUUCGAUCGAUCACCAGUGCGGAGAGAACGCAUAGUUUAUUCAAAGCGACUGAAGAGCGCCGAGCAGCGUAGGGAGGCAGAAAGGAAGACGCAGUAUAAACAUAAGGCCCUAGAGGUAGACGAAAGGAGACCGAAGCUGGAGGGAAGGUGCAGAGAAAAGUAGAGCGAAGAGAACUAACAGAGAUGCAGAGGAGAGAGGAGAAGAGCACGAGAGAACGCAUAGGGGAGAGUAAUGAUACGAUAAGUAGUAGAUAUAUCGCUCUAUAUAGAUUUAUCUAUCCCUAAGAUCUGUAUCUAGAUAAUUACUAUGUUAUCUCUCUUUCAAUGGGAAAGAGGUAGAGCGAGGAAAAGAGAAUGUAAAGGGAGAAAGAGUGAGAGAGACGGGAAAAGAGGAGAGCGCGAGGGAGAGCGAGAUCAAAGAGGGGAAGACUCGCUCGGGAUAGCCGCACUCUGAGAGCGAGCUCGGCAUGCCCGGCGGGACGCAAGAUAGGGAUAGUCGGCCGGCACGCAGGGAGAGCCGUUUCUGCUACGACUUAACUCUGUCUCUCCCUUGCUCUUCCUUCACCUCUCUCCUCUCUCCUGCCCGGUCCGCCCCCCUCUGUCUCUCUCUCUUUCUCUCUCCUUCACUCUCUCUCCCUCUCUCUCUCUCCCUCUCUCCUUCCCUCUGUCUCUCUCUCUCUCUCUCUCUCUCUCCUUCCUUCCCUCUCUCUGUGUCUCUCUCUCAGGUUCAUGCAGGACCUAGAGGACAUGUUGGGUUUCAGACCCUACUCUUUCUAUUUCUAUAUGUGGAAGUACGUGUCUCCUGCCUGUCUCACCGUGCUCAUCGUGGCCACUGUGAUAGAGAUGGCCGUCAGUCCUGCUGGGUACAACGCCUGGGUGGAGGAACUGGUCAGUGAAUCUUUACCUCUGUUACAACGCAUUUGUACUAAUCCAUCCAACUCACCUAACCGGCACCUCACUCUGAGUCCACUGACUACAAAGUGGCAAUCGUUUUCAUGGUCCUUCGAGCCGGAUGGGUUUUGAACGGCAUGGUUCUCCUUGAAGCAUCUUUGUAUUCACACAUGCAUUUACCUGCCCUUUAAAAUGUUUCUAAAUUAAUAAAAAAUGAAAAGUUGGAAUGUCUUCAGUCAGUAAGUAUUCAACCCCUUUGUUAUGGCAAGCCUAAAUAAGUUCAGAAGUAAAAAUGUGCUUAACAAAUCACAUAAUAAGAUGCAUGGACUCAUUCUGUAUUCAAUAAUAGUGGUUAACAUGAUUUUUUAAUGACAACCUCAUCUCUGUACCCAACACAUACAAUUAUCUGUAAGGUCCCUCAAUCGAGUAGUGAAUUUCAAGCACAGAUUCAACCACAAAGACAUGGGAGGUUUUUCAAUGCCUCACGAAGAAGGUGCACUGAUUAGUAGAUGUGUAACAACAACCAAAAAGUGGACUCUGAAUAUCCCUUUGAGCAUGGUGAAGGUAUUAAUUAGGCUUUUGAUGGUGUAUCAAUACACCCAGUCACUUCCUAAAUCAGUUGCCAGAGAGUAAGAAUACAAAUAUUCCAAAACAUGCAUCCUGUUUGCAACAAGGCACUUAAGUAAUACUUCAAAAGAAUCUAGCAAAGAAAAUGCAUUUUUUUGUCCUGAAUACAAAAUGUUAUGUUUGGUCAAAAUCCAACACAACACAUCACUGAGUACCACUCUUCAUAUUUUCAAGCAUGGUGGUGGCUGCAUCAUGUUAUGGGUAUGCUUGUCAUCGGCAAGAACAAGGGAGGUUUUUUAGAAUAAAAAGUAACAUACUAAAGAUAAGCACAGGCAAAGUGUAAUUGUUAAGGAUUGGGGAGUUUUUCAGGAUAAAAGAUAAACGGAAUGUUGUAGGCAAAAUCCCAGAGGAAAACCUGGUUGUCUGCUUUCCACCAGACACUGGGAGACGAAUUCACCUUUCAGCAGGACAAUAACCUAAAACACAAGGCCAAAUAUACACUGGAGUUGCUUACCAAGAUGACAUUGAAUGUUCCUGAAGUGGCCUAGUUACAGUUUUGAAUUAAAUUGGCUUGAAAAUCUAUGGCAAGACUUGAAAAAUGGCUGUCUAGCAAUGAUCGUCAACCAACUUGACAGAGCUUUAAUAAUUUUUUUAAAAGAAAAUUGACAAAUGUUGCACAAUCCAGGUGUUCAAAGCUCUUGGAGACUCACAGCUGUAAUCGCUGCCAAAGGUGUUUCUAACAUGUGUUGUCUCAGUGGGGUGAAUACUUAUCAGAGUUUUCUUCCACUUUGACAUUACAGAGAGUAUUUUUGUGUAGAUCGUUGACAAAAAAUGUCAAUUAAAUCCAUUUUAAUCCCACUUUAUAUAACACAACAAAAUGUGGAAAAAGUCAAGGGUUGUGAAUACUGUAUAUUCCAUCAUCAGUUUAUCAUGUGUUUGUACCUCGUAGACACUUCUUCCUUGUGUUUUUAUACAGUUGCGAAUUCAACUGCCCAAUAUUGGGACAUUAAAAGCAUUUCUGGAUCUGGAUCUCAGUGUUUCUUCCAUCUCUCCCCCCCCCCCCGCUAGGCAUCGGAGAAAUUCCUCUCCUACCCUCCGUGGGCUCUGGGCGUGGCCUACUCCCUCAUCAUCGCCGCCAUGCUUCCUCUCCCCUGCGUCUUCAUCGCCCGCCACUUCAACCUGCUCUCUGACGGCUCCAACAAGCUGUCCGUCUCCUACCGUAAAGGCAUGACCAAGGACCUCUCUGGCCUGGAGGAGGAGAACGAGUCCCGCUUCAUCCUCAGUAAAGGCACCCCCAGCCCCAGCCCCAACCCUUCGCCCAUGCCCUCUCACCGCCCCUACCUGGGGCCCGGCGGAGCCCAGGAGAUGACCAACACGGCUGGAUAUGGUACCGGGACACCGACCAAGACGGGUUAUCAGAAUAUUAAUUCGCCAGAGUCCGAACUAUGAUCGAUCUGAUGAAUGAAGCACAAGAAACCCUAUCUAAUCAAACACAACACAACACAACCCCUCCAGAGAGAGAGAGAGAGAGAAAGAGCACUCUCUCUACUGUUCAGCUAUCGGUAAAGCACAGCCUCCCCCUCUACUGUUCACCUAGCUAUAAAGCACAGCCCCCCACCUCUCUCUACUGUUCACCUAGAUGUAAAGCACAGCCCCCCCCCCCUCCACUGUUCACCUAUCGGUAAAGCACAGCCCCCCCCCCCCCCUUUACUGUUCACCUAGCUGUAAAGCACAACCCUCCCCACUCCCCAUACCAUAGAGCAUCUCUGAGCCUUAACACACUUUCAUUCUAAUCUAAAACAACCUCCCCACAUCGCCCCCUAAUCCAAACAAAACCGUGGCCCUAACAAGCCCAGCAGAGCCACUACCAAUGAUGAUGUCAGUCCUCGUCCUACAUCACUCAGAGGCACAGAGGAAGAAGGAGGCCCCCAUUUUAAUUCAGUCUUAGAAGGCAGGCAGGGGGUGAUUCAUCUGAGCACAGAUAAACCAAGCAGCUAGCAUUUUGAUCAUCAGGCAGCGUGUGUGUGUAUGUUUGUCGUAGUGCAUACGUGAAUGUGCGUGCUCCCCAGCCAGCCCAGGUUACCCCAGUAUUAUAAAUAGAACUGUGAUACCCAGGGGAAGCUUGUCACAGACGUUGGCAACCGGCCCCGGCAACGUAGUGCCAUGGUGAUGAAUCCUCCUGUGAUGUCAUGGAGGAGGGCACACACACACACGAGGGCACGUUGAUGCGCUUUGUCAACCAGCUGUUACCAAGCCGGGUUGUGUUCAUUAGAGAGAAAACGUUUAGAAGCAGAGUGAAACCAGCUGUUAUCAAGCCGGGUUGUGUUCAUUAGAGAGAAAACGUUUAGAAGCAGAGUGAAACCAACUGUUAUCAGGCUGGGUUGCGUUCAUUCGGAAGAAAACGUUUAGAAGCAGAGUGAAACCAGCUGUUAUCAAGCCGGGUUGUGCUCAUUAGGGAGAAAACAUUUAGAAGUAGAGUGAAACCAGCUAUUAUCAAUCCGGGUUGUGUUCAUUUAAGGAGAAAAUGUUUAGAAGCAGAGUGAAACCAACUGUUAAAAAAAACAAUUGAAACAGGGAGGUACAGCCUGAAUGUGUACUAAGAUACUACCUAAGAAUUUGAGCACAGAUUGUAGUUUUCCGUUGCAAAAUGUUUUGCUACGGUGUGACCUAUUGAACACUACCCAGGUGUGCCGCCAAGCCAUUAUAUAUAUGGAUUUCUGUUGACCGUUGUUCAGAAAUGGAUCAAUGGAAAAUGUAGGGUUAAUUAUUAUUGUACAUUCCUCUAAUCAUCUUCUUCGAUAAGCACUCUGAUCAAUCAAUGGCACUAAUAAUAUAUUUAUUUAUGUGAAUUGUCAAGUUUGACUUUUUAUUUUAAUGGUUGAGAUAAUUGUAUGACAGUUGAGUGGAUUAUGUAGUCUAUAAUACUGUAGUGUACAAAAUGAAAGUUGUUUUUUUGUUGUUGCAAUAGAAGACUUGAACCACAGUGUGGCACUGUUGGCCACCAGAGGAGUACCUGACGGUAUCUGUGUGUCUCCUGCCCCUCCCAGAAGACAGUGAUGACACACACAGAGCACACUGUGGCUCUUUCUAAAAAAUCCAUCCUCUCCUUCAUUGCACUGAUCUGAAAGAACUGAUCAGGUUAAAUAUUUUCCAAACAGUGCAGAUGAAGGGGGAGAAAUGAUGCGAUUGAGAAUGAGAUACAUCCGAGCUGUUGCUAGCAGCCAGACCAGAGAUGGUUGGUUUAUAAUGUUGAAACAGGAUUUGGCCAACCUAUUGAUGGUGUAUAAUGUUGAUACAGGCUAUGGUCAACCUGUUGAUGGUUCAGAAUGUUGAUACAGGCUAUGGUCAACCUGUUGAUGGUUCAGAAUGUUGAUACAGGAUUUGGUCAACCUGUUGAUGGUUCAGAAUGUUGAUACAGGCUAUGGUCAACCUGUUGCAUCACAGCCAGAGGUUGCUAGGGACUGCUUGUUGGAUCACAGCCCCAGGUUGCUAGGGACUGCUUGUUGGAUCACAGCCACAUGUUGCUAGGGACUGCUUGUUGGAUCACAGCCACAGGUUGCUAGGUACUGCUUUUUGGAUUACAGCCACAGGUUGCUAGGGACUGUUUGUGGAUCACAGCCACAGGUUGCUAGGGACUGCUUGUUGGAUCACAGCCACAUGUUGCUAGGGACUGUUUGUGGAUCACAGCCACAGGUUGCUAGGGUCUACUUGUUGGAUCACAGCCACAGGUAAAUUAUGGAUGACCAAUUAGAGAGCUAGAAUCACUUGAACUAUUAUUGAUUUAUUGAUGGAGGGAGGGAGGGAGGGAGGAGAGAGGGAGAGAGAGAGAGAGAGGAGAGAGAGAGACGAGAGAGAGAGAUCAAGCUGGUACUAUAGAGGAGCAGAGAAGGGAUCUGACCGAGCUCGAGGUAAGAGCGCGCCCCGCGAGAGUGAGCAGAGCGGAGAGACGCUCACGGAGAGAGACUGGCAGAUCGAGAGGAGACGAGCGGAGAGAGACGGAUGAUCCUGAGAGAGACUCAGACGAGAGAGAGAGACCGUCUGAGAUAGACGAGAGAGAGAGGGAG